AUGAGAUCCUACUACUAUUCCCUCCCGAGUUUCUUUCCUUCACGCGUUUUCUCCAAAUUUCCCGUUAUAGGAAUCAAGCCGGCACCAGGUCGCCCCAUCCACGCAGUUCAAGGAGAGAUAAGUUUCAAUCAAACGACUGCUUCAGUUUCACCGAAGAAAAUCGGUCGUGUUUUUUACCUUAAAGAGUUUUGUGCAUUAAUCAGAAACCUCUCCAACAACAAUAGAAACCAUGAAGCUUUGAGUGCUUUAGAUUUGAUGCUAACCAAAACCCAUUACUUCGAUUCUGCCACUUCGGUUCUUGUAAUCGACGGUUUGUCUCGAUUGCGGAUGCUCGGGAGAGCGAAAGCUCUUUUGAAAAAUCUGAGGAGUAACGGAAAGGUGUCUGAUUAUUUUCUGUAUAGUUUGGUAAUUCAUUGCCUUGUUAACGUGGGUAGAAUCGAGGAUGCUGAUUCCUUUUGGAACGAGGUCUGUGGGUCUGAUUUGUCAUCAGAUAGAAGAAUUGAUUCAUCUGAGUUCGUGAUAUAUCUAUGUAAAUUCGGCAGGGAUUUGGAGAUCGAGAGGAUAUGUGAUCGGGUUUUGAUGGGUGGUGGGGCUCUAAGGUUUCAGAGCUAUAUUGCUCUGAUCGGGGCUCUUUGUAGGGAAAGCAAGGGUCAUUUAGCUAAAGCGGUGCUUCAGGAGAUGAAGAGAAAGGGUCUCAAACCUGAUAACCUUACCUAUCUAAUAAUGUUCCAGUGCUUCUGUAGGAAUGGAGAAUUAAGUGAAGCCGACUCCAUUUUGAGGAAAUUGGUUCGGAGGAAGUAUGAUAUGGAUAUUUGUAUAUAUGGCAGCUUCAUUUACGGGCUUUGUAAGUCGAGUAAGUACAGAGAGGCGGAUAAAUUGUUUAAGAGAUUGAUAAAAGUGGAUGAUUCUGGAGUUUCUGGUAAUGGGUCCUUGAAACAGGGAAGGAGGGCCAUCUUCCAAUUGAACUGCAAGGGUGCAGUUCCUGAGAUAAUGGCUUAUGAAUAUUAUUGUAGGUCACUGUGCGACAUGGGAAAGCUUGAUGAAGCAGAAACUUUGUUGAAAGAGAUGAUGAGGAAACGAACUGUGCCCGAGGGUUGUGUCUAUAGGUCUUUCAUUAAGGCUCUCUUUCAGGCUGGCCGAGAUGAAGAUGCUAUUAGAUUCUUUAAUGCAAUGAAGAAGAAAGGAUUUGUUCGGCAGGAGGAGAUUGCAGGUUUCAUAGUCAUGGGGCUUUGUGAAAUGGAUAGAGUUGACGAUGCAUGGAUGAUUUUUUAUGAUAUUUUUGUUAAAGGUAGUGUUUUGGUGGAAAGGAGCAUUUCCAAUUGUCUUAUUGGUAGUUACUUGAAAGUGAGAAGACUGGGUGAAGCAGAAAGAUUGUUCGAGAGGAUGAAGGAGGGAAGUUUUGGAGGGCUUGAUGCCUCCACCUACGUGGUCUUUGUCAAUGGCCUCUGUGAGCAGGGUGAACUUACAAAUGCACUCCUUGUAUUUGAUGAAAUGCUGGAGAAAAAAAUCCCAGUCAAUGGGACCAUUUAUGAGGUUAUUUUGAGGGGAUUAUGCACAUGUGGAAGGAUUGAGGAAGCACAUAUGUACCUGAAUAAAAUGAUUGAAAAUGGGCAUUUGGUUUCAUAUUCUAGGUGGAAAGUACUUCUUGAUUCAGUGUUUGUUGGUAAUGAAAACGAUCUCUCACUUGAAUUCUGA